UUGACAAGUGACAGCUGUCUUUAUUCAUCUUUAUAUUCAUUCUUUUAUUCUCAUUCUCAAAACCAUUCAACAAUUUUAAUUCAUCGUAGUGAACUAAUCGAAAGAAAUGGCUGCUUCCAAGUUAACCAACGAGGAGAAGCUAAGACGUUUGAUAUAUGUGAAUAACACGGACGCUAAAUAUGUUAGUGGCGGACCAGACAAGUUCCUAUCGUUUACAAAAUCAAAGAAAGAUCUUUUGGACGAAUUAAUAAAAAAUUCCCCAAAUGAGUUGCUCAAAAUUAUAUUAUCGGCCAAUGACGAUAAACUCGUACCUUAUAGGGCCACGCUAUAUUUCCUUCUAGCAUGCGUUUUGAAAUCUGAGGAAGUGACGGAAAAUGUUAAACCAGAAGUUUCCGCUAUCGUCUUAAAAAUAUGCAAAUCCGAUAAGGAGUUUUUCAAUUUUAUCAAAUACGUUUCUGUCUUAAAAGUUAAUAAAAAAUUGCCACCGACAGUAAAUAAAACGAUCCGGAAAUUUUAUGACAGUAAAAGUCCUCAGGAUCUAGCAAAUUCCUUUGCAAAAUUCACUAGUUACCACAGCUGGUCACAUAAGGAUCUCAUUAAGAUAGGACACGUAAAGUCUAAUACACCUUUAAAAAAUGUGGUAAUAAAUUACAUACUUUUUAAAAAAACUAACGACAAAGACGGCGACAGCGAAGCGAAAAAUAUAGUAGACGUUUUGAAAAAGUCUGAGACUUUAAGAAAAACUAAAGAUCAUAAAGUUGCGGUCCCGAUUAUUGCAGAAUUGAAGGCGACCAUCAAUCAGGUUGAGCCCAGUCUACGGAAAUCUGCUGAAGUUUGGAAUGCAGUCUUGCCGAACAUGUCCCUCUCGGAAGUUUUGCAGACUCUGCCUAAACUUUACAAGCUAGGAUUCCUUAAAAAAGAUACCCCCACCCAAGCUCUGAUCAAUGAGACCUUGACGAACGUGGAAAAAGUCAAGGUUAGCGGUAUCCACCCCGUAGAAGUCUUCAUUCACAUGAAAAACUUCGAAAAAGGUGGAAAGCCUCUUGAUCCAAAGCUAUUAGAUCACUUGGUUACCGAGAAAAAAUUGACCGAGGAAGAGCUUAAACGCAUCAAGACGCCGAACGAAGCAAGGAGUCCCAUCAUCAUAAACAACCUGCAAAAGUGCAUGAACAUAUCCUGCAGCAAUAUCCAACCCUCUGGUAAGAGGUACAUGGUUACCAUCGACGUCACUGAUAAAAUGGACAGCCCGUGUCUGCGCAAUAAGAACAUCACCUCAUUGGAAGCGGCGGCGGCAUUUACGAUGACGUUACUCAAAGUGGAAAAGGAUGUCACGGUGGCCGUUUACAAACAGAAAGAGGUCUCCGUGAUUCAUCUGGAUAAAAAGGGGCAGUUUUAUGAACAUGUUCAGAAAUUAAAGGAAAAUAAGAGCGAUUAUUUAAUUCCUGCGGCACCCAUAGAGUGGGCCAUGUCACAGAAGAAACACAUUGACAUAUUUAUCAAUUUUAUACAUCAUAACGAAUAUUACGCGUCAGUUCCUAAGGAUGUUAAGGAGAAGCUCGCCAAACCCGCGGAGGCUUUGCAGAAGUAUAGGAAGAAGUUCAACCUUCAAAACGCAAAGUUGGUUACCUGUUGCAUGUCCUCACCGCACUUGAAUUUCGCCGACGGUUCCGCCAACGUCCUGGACGUAGCGGGACUAGACUUUGGAGUUUCUAAAGCCCUGGAAGCCUUCUGCCGAGGUAAUUUCUCCUGAACCGCAACCAAACGUUCUGCAAACUGAGAUGUUACACCCAUCCGAAAUCAAAGUGUUCAUUGAUAAAAUUUAUAAAAUAUUUUUGUUACGAGGAACUCCGCCGUAGAAAAAUAUUCAUACCGAGGUGUUUCAAAAUAGUCGAAUUUUUUAUAUGGACGAAACGUGGGUCAUUCUUUCGAUUUAUCUUUAAGAAUAGUAUAGAAUUAAGCCUGCUACGAUAGUAUUUAAAAACACACUUGAAAUAGGCAAUGUGAUUUCUUUUUAUAUGACUUUUUUUGAUCUGAGGACCGUACUUUCGAAUAACUUUAUUCGUUUUUUUUUCAAGUAAUUUAAAAUUUGUAUAAAAGCAAAAAGACUAAAUCAAUAUACCGAAAUGAUAGUACUUUUUAAGUAGCAUAUAGUAAUUAAAUUAGGCAUAAUUGCUUGUUACAAGGAAAAUCUCAUUAUCUUAAUUGGCUAAUGUAUUGUUUUGGUA